UAUAUUCCUGCUGUUAGAGUACCCUCCAGAAGAUCACAUUUUCAUUACUCCUCCUAAAAAACAGGCUAAACUUAAAACACUUCAUCUUGUCACCCGUAUCUCCACUAGUUUUUCCAUGGCACUUCUUCUUCUUCUUCCACCAUUUUCAACCUGUUAAUAAUUAUUCAUAACAGACAAACAAAAACCCAGUUAAAAAAAAUGCGGAGCCUAUUAAUUCUAAGACCCACAUCACCAUUAUUCUCUUCUCCGUGCUCCUCUCUCUCUCCUCCUCCCAGAAAUAGUAGCAAAUUUGUAAAGCGGCUUCAUUUUUCAUGUUCUUCUUCAAAAAAACAGCACCAAAAUACACAAACUACUCUUCAUAAAUCUCCUCCUCCUCAAAGUUUACGCCGUCUCUUGAAUUGGAACCUCAAACCUGAUGAUGAGGACCCAAAAUCCGAUGAUAAUGGCGGAGAAGGUAUGGGAUUGGAAGGAGAUACCGCCAUGAAAGGUACCCUUCUUGCUGGGAUUUUGUUGGUUGGUGUUAUUGGUGGCUUUGGUGCUGCUGGCUAUAUUUAUAGGGAUCAAAUUAAUUCAUUUUUGAUCCAGUUUUCUUCUUUCAUUGAAGGUAAUGGCCCGGCAGGAUAUGCUUUAUUUGUGCUUGUUUAUGCAGGACUUGAGGUACUUGCAAUUCCAGCUAUUCCAUUGACAAUGUCAGCAGGUCUUUUAUUUGGUUCUCUCACUGGGACUGUUAUUGUUUCCAUCAGUGGAACGUUAGCUGCAAGCAUUGCUUUUCUAAUAGCAAGAUACUUUGCCCGUGAGCGAAUAUUGAAGCUUGUUGAGGGAAACAAGAAGUUUCUUGCAAUUGAUAAAGCCAUUGGAGAGAAUGGCUUUAGAGUUGUUACUCUCCUUCGCUUGAGUCCCUUGCUUCCCUUUUCCCUUGGGAAUUACUUGUAUGGACUGACAUCCGUCAAAUUUGUCCCCUAUGUUUUGGGAAGUUGGUUAGGAAUGCUUCCAGGGUCUUGGGCCUAUGUUAGUGCUGGAGCUUUUGGGCGAGCGAUUAUUCAAGAAGAAUCCGGGCAUGGCGUAUCUGGAGGAAAUGGUCAAUUGAUCACACUGGGGCUGGGAUUAUUAGCGACAGCUCUGGCUGCUUCUUAUGUCACAAAACUUGCCAAGGAUGCAAUGAAGGACAUUGAGUGAAAGAGAAGCCAAGACAUUGUAGGUUGUAAAAUCCGUAGGUUACAUUUUAAUUAAUCAUGUAAAUUGAACGAUAGAACUUAUUUUUAACCAAAUUACCAAAUUUUUAUUCAUAAGUUUAUUUCUACUUUUGUUUUUGCUAAGAUCACGUGAAAGAUAAUGAGAAAGAAGCAUCAUAAGCUGUAAGUUUCAGUUGGACUUCUCUACAAGUGAAGAGAAUGACAAAAUUUGUCUCGACAUCCUUUGACUUUGAGAUUUGUAAAUGCUACUUCAUACUCAUAGCAUUCCUGUGAAUUUUUUACGUCUCUUCUCCUCUGGAAGGUUCUACUACUCUCAUAUUUCCUGUUUGGGAUAAUUGUACUUA